AUGGGCCGGCGCAAAGCUCUCCUUAUUGGGAUCAACUAUAGCGGGUCUCAACAUCAGCUGCAAGGCUGUAUUGAUGAUGUCGCCAACAUGAGCGAGUUUCUGGUAUCUCGAGGAUACCCCAAACAGCCGGGCAGCAUGGUACAGCUCACAGACAGCAACUACAAUCCACCCAAUUCUCCAUACUACCCUUCUGCGCACAACAUCCUGGCUGCCAUGGCAUGGCUGGUCUCUGAGCCCGGGUGUGUGUGUUUUCUACAUUACUCCGGCCACGGGGGCCAAGUACCUGGUAAUCGGGAGACCGCCUAUGACGAUACCAUCGUCCCCGUGGAUUUUGAGAGAAACGGGAUGAUCGACAGUAUUGUUUUCUCGGCUGCAUGCCUUUUCUUUGGGAUUCAAAGGCUGACGUGUGUCUUGCCUAGUGGCUCCGCGGUUGAAUUGCCAUUUGUCUACCGUACAGAUGACGAUGGAAAUGUCAACCUGCUUGACAAUCUGCGAAUGGGAGCAGAGUUGAUUGGCGAAGCAUCCCAUCUAAUCCGUGGCGAUUUCUCCAUCUCGAAUGCUGGUGAAGCCCGGCACCUCCUUGCGGGUGCUACUUCGUUCUUCCGCGGCCUAAAACACGAAUUCGAUGGCAACGACCGAGAAGGUCUACAAGAAGUCGACAAUUUCGGGAACGAUUGGUCUCAGGAAGGCAGAUCCGUUUUCAUGUUCUCGGGCUGCAAGGACGAGCAGACCAGUGCGGAUGCUUUUAUCAACGGACGACAUGUUGGUAAGUCGAGAAUCAUCCCUCGUGCAGAUGAGUGGAAGAACUUGUUGGAGCUCACGUACAGGCCUUAG